GUCGCAAACUCGGGCCUCUGCCGCCGCCGACGGGGGGCCUGUCAACCCGCGACGUCUAGCUAUUACUCGCUCUCCACGCUAGUCGACUCCCCGGCUUCCUUCCAAACACCUUUGAUCCCCCAUCUCUACUUAGUCACAUAUUUCAACUUGGGCAGCCGCCAACCUGGCUCAUUCUUCGCGCAUUUUUGGUGUACUUUCUAGACGUGUGCUUUCAUCUUCGAGUCCGUGUCGCCUUCAUCGAGCGCAACCGUUGUCGCUCUCUCGUCAUUGCCCAGUUCCUCACCCGACCACGCAUACCGCCGCCACCAUGGCCGCCAUCGUCAACGGGACAAAGACCGGCAAACCGGUGCUCUUCUUCGACAUCGAUAACUGCCUGUACCCCAGGAGCACCCGGGUUCAUGACAUAAUGGCGGAGCUCAUCGACCAGUACUUUGUCAAGCAUCUUGACAUUCCUUUCGACGAGGCGGUCAGGCUGCACAGGGAGUAUUACACCAACUAUGGGCUGGCCAUUGAGGGCCUCGUGCGCCACCACCAAAUCGACCCCCUCGACUACAACGCCAAGGUCGACGACGCGCUCCCCCUGCAGGACAUUAUCAAGCCGAACCCCGAGCUGCGCAAGCUGCUCGAGGACAUUGACAAGUCCAAGGUGGCCAUGUGGCUCUUCACCAACGCCUACGUGACGCACGGCAAGCGCGUCGUCAAGCUGCUGGGCAUCGACGACCUCUUCGACGGCCUCACCUUUUGUGACUACUCCCAGCAGCCCCUGAUUUGCAAGCCGCACGAGGAAAUGUACAAAAAGGGCAUGCGGGAGGCCGGCGUGGAGCGGGUCGAGGACUGCUUCUUCGUCGACGACUCCUACUCCAAUUGCGUCAAGGCAAAGGAGUUUGGCUGGACGGCCGCCCACCUGGUCGAGGACGGGUUGCCCGUACCAAGGGCCCCCGCGUCACAGUAUCAGAUCCGUGACCUGCAAGAAUUGCGAGACAUUUACCCCCAGUUCUUCAAGUCCAAGUCGUCAUGAGGAGGAAGAGUGACUUUUGACGGCAUGAAUAGAUAAGUAAUGUAGUUAAUGACGGCGGUAUAGACCUUUUUCAACAUAGACAAUGUUGUGACUUGAGCCCAAGGCCCAAUCAUGGUGGUGUUGCUAGACUCCCAAUCUGCCCUUGCAGUAAUCCGAUUCCGAACUCCUCGCUAUGCAUUAUGAAACGCCCAAACCGGGCUUUGCCAUACCUCCGGUCAAG